UCUGCUCAACGUCACCGAGGGCUGUAGUGACAGCCAUCUCUAGGAGGAAAACCACCUUCGUCUGUUUUUUUUAUUUCUUUUAUACCAUGAAUAAUACACUGAAAGCAGGCUAUAAAUGAAACCGUAAAAAACGAGUUUAAAGUUUAAAUCAAUGGUACAGGAGGAUAUUAUGUCCAGGACGCCUUCCACCUCAACCCAGGAAAUCCAGAUGGACAUGUUCGAACAUCACGGCUCUCACGCUCAGGGAAAGUAUGCAAAGAGGAAGAGCCGUUUUAAGCGCUCAGAUGGCAGCACCUCUUCAGACACAACAUCCAAUAGCUUCGUCCGACAGGGCUCAGCGGACUCCUACACCAGUCGUCCUUCAGACUCUGACGUUUCCCUGGAGGAGGACCCUGAGGCUCUCAGGAAAGAAGCUGAUAGACAAGCUCUUGCCACCCUGGAGAAGGCUAAGACCAAGCCUGUAGCAUUUGCAGUGAGGACUAACGUUGGCUAUAACCCGGGCCCUAACGAUGAUGUGCCAGUCCAGGGCAUGGCCAUCUCUUUUGAACCCAAAGACUUCCUGCAUGUCAAAGAGAAGUAUAAUAAUGACUGGUGGAUUGGGCGUUUGGUAAAGGAGGGAUGUGAGGUGGGGUUUAUUCCCAGUCCUGUGAAGCUUGAGAGUACACGUCAGUUACAAGAACAGCGAAUGAGACAGAACCGCCUUAGCUCCAGUAAGUCUGGUGGAAGCUCUAGUCUGGAUGUUGCCACAGGUGCCCGGAGGCCCACCCCACCUGGAACAGCUGACUUGUCCCUGGGGCUUUAUGAUGAUGCUCUGGAUUCAGAUGUUGAGGAGGUGGAGCCUGCCGACACCCGUGACCAUAAGGGUGUGGGCGGAAGUGUCACCUCCCCUCAAGGCAACCUGCCCCGCCUCCCUUUCUUUAAGAAGAUGGAACACGUUCCUCCUUAUGAUGUGGUGCCUUCAAUGAGACCCAUUAUUCUAGUGGGACCAUCACUUAAAGGCUAUGAGGUGACAGAUAUGAUGCAGAAAGCUCUCUUUGACUUUCUAAAACACAAAUUUGAGGGCAGAAUAUCCAUCACCCGGGUGACAGCAGACAUUUCACUUGCCAAACGUUCCGUCCUAAACAACCCCAGCAAACACACGAUCAUCGAGCGCUCCAGCACCAGAUCCAGUCUGGCUGAGGUGCAAAGUGAGAUAGAAAGAAUCUUUGAACUGGCUCGAACACUCCAGUUAGUAGCUCUGGAUGCUGAUACAAUCAACCAUCCAUCUCAACUGGCCAAGACAUCACUGGCACCUAUCAUAGUCUACAUCAAGAUCGCCUCUCCAAAGGUGUUGCAGAGGCUGAUAAAGUCUAGAGGUAAAUCUCAGGCCAAACAUCUCAACGUCCAAAUGGUGGCAGCUGAUAAACUAGCGCAAUGUCCUCCUGAGCUUUUUGACAUAAUAUUAGAUGAGAAUCAGUUAGAAGAUGCAUGUGAACAUCUGGCUGAGUACCUGGAGGCCUACUGGAAAGCCACACACCCUCCCAGCAGCAACCCACCCAACCCUCUGCUCAACCGUACCAUGGCUACAGCCGCCCUGGCUGCCUCGCCCGAACCCGUCUCCAACCUGCAGGGUCCAUUCCUGGUGCAUGGAGAACAGAAGAGGGAAGGGACUGAACGUGGCAGUAUCCAAGACUACCAGAGCGACCUGGUUGGCAAGCAGCCGCUGCGCUCUUCACGCAGCCAGUUGCAAACAGGGGGGCGGGGUCUGUCACGGCAGGACACAUUUGAUUCCGAGACCCAGGGCAGCCGUGAUUCCGCCUACACCGAUGACAUGGAGACAGAUCCGUAUGAGGAACCGGACCCAUGUCGCUACCGCCUAAAUCCUGCCCACCACGCUCCUCGCCAGGCCUCCUGGGAGGAUGAAGGGGCAGAACCUGAUCAGGAGAACCUCAAUGUGGUCCCACCACCAGCCAAUCAGCACCAACGUGGACGAGGCAAGCUGAGGGAUCGUUACUGUCAGGAUGGAGAAGGUGGAGGGUCGACCAUGGGCCGUAAUCAUAACCAGGAGGAGUGGAGCAGAGAUGUAUAUAUUCGCUAGAGCAGGUUUACUUGGAGAGCAAGGGCCGUAUUACAGAAUCUUCCUAUCUUAUAUCUUUGGUUAAAGGGGUAGUUCACCCAAAAAUGAAAAUUCUGUUUUAAUUUCCUCACCCUCAUGUUGUUCCUUAGUCAUAAGGCUUUUUUGGGGGGUUUUUUGUUCCAUGGAGAUGUUAAGCAGAAUAUUAGAGACCGACAGCCUCAGUCACCAUUCACUUUCAUUACAUCGUUUUCCCAAACAAUGAAAGAGAAAACAUCUCAUUUUGUGUUCUACGGAAGAAAGAAAGUCAUUCAGGUGACAGAAUUGUGAUUUCUGAGUAAACUAUCCCUUUCAGGCAAGGUCUACACUAAUUUGUUUUUGUUUGAAAACGCAUCAAUUUAGCUACGUUUACGCCUUUUACCCACGCUAGAACUGCAUUUUCUUUACUGAAAAUGAAGAAAAACGCUCUUCAUUUCUGGAUACUUUGGAAAACUUUUAACAUUUCAAACUUAGCCUUAGCAUUAGGCCAUGUUCAUGUUAAUCUAGUUUUAGUUCUUGAAAUGCUUAGUUUUUGUGUUUGUGAAUGAGAGGCGUAAACAUGGCAAAAUGUAUGUGUUUUAUAACUGAAACUUAUUAGUGUUGACAUGACCUAAGAUAAUCAAAAUCAGUCAGAAUCAAAGUUAGGAUUCUGAAAUUGCUAUUGUUACUAAUGAAAUAAGAUAGAAUUCUACAGUAAGAAUGUUACUGUAAUACGACCCCGGGAGAGGAAACAGGAGAAGACUAUAAGAUGAGCGUGGGGGGGGGGGGUAGAUUAAUUGUGUAGAAUGACACUAAAGUAGAAUAUCUAUAGUUGGAUCUGUUUACAACCCAGAGAAACACACAAUCUUUGAAAAACGCUGUACAGCUGACACUCACAACAUUCACAUUACCUAAUCAAAACUCUCUGUCAAUAUGUAUUUAAUUUUAUCCUGUUUUUAAGAAGGACAGGUGGAAAAACCCUUGGUUUGUUUCAAAUUCGUCUUCAUUCUAAUUUACUUUGUAUAGUACUGCAUGAAUGCUAAUCAUUAUGAGGUUAGUAACUGUUCCUGCUGAGCAUUAAACAUGAUUCAGAAUGUACAACCAAAAUCUUGCAAAUGUAUGUAUGUGUGUAUGGUUUGGUGUGUGUGUGUGAGUGCGUGUGUGCGUGUGUUCUCUGUAGUCUUAAACAGGGUCUUUCUGAUUCAUAAAAGUCUUGGGAGCGCUCCAUUUUGAUUUCCUAGACAACACUACUGCAGAGCAUGUUUUUUUGCAUAUUUAAUUCUAUUUAUUUUAUUUAUUGAGUCUCAAAACAAGGUCUAUCCUGUCUUUAGCCUAUUAAAACCUUUACUCUCUCCAGAGUGCCACCGCUGCUGUGUGCUCCUUCAGUCUGAGAGGGGUGCUGUGGUGCUCAUGUACAGGCUAUAGUUUAAUAGGGCUAACAUGCUGACAUGCAUCAACAAUGUGCACCAAUGUUAAUCCACAUCUGUAAGCAUUUAUAAAGCUUAAUAUGCAAAUAUAAAAAUAAAAAUAAAAACUCACAUUAAAGGGUCUGAGAGACACUUUUCAAACUAAAUAUCAGUAUGAAACUUUUCAGACCACUUAUAAAGGCAAACACAGGUUGCUGUGACAUUAGUCUUGUGGCAAAAUAGCUUUGUGUUGAUCCGGCUCUGUCCCGUCUUCUGUGCCUGUCUAAGGGCUUUUAGCAUUGUGCCGCUAAUGUACCACUGCCAUCAGAUGCCACAUGUUCUGCCUUAUUCACACAUUAGUCACACAGGUCAACCAAUUACAAGUGCCAUAAUCUUUCAUUAGGCCAUGCCCACUACAACAGUGAUGGGUUGUCUUAACUCCGUGCAACACAUACAGUCGUUUUUGUGUGUGUGAUUGUAGUCUACACUGCCAUUUUGCCUUGUUUCUCUAGUGACAUGUUUGCACUACCUUGCUAGUCAUUUUAAAGGAAUAGUUCCCCCCCAAAAUGAAAAUGCUGUCAUCAUUUACUCACCCUCAAGUCAUUCCAAACCUGUUCACUUCCUUUCGUGGAACACAAAAGGAGAAAUGUUGAAGAAUGUUGAUGCUUCUAUUUUUCCAUACAAGGAAAGUGAAUGGGGAUUGAAGCCCACACUAUACUUCGGUUUUGACGCGAAUGCUGAGCGUCUGCGUUAAGCUGAAUGCUAGCCUUUCAAAGUAUACUUCAUUUGACUGUGUGCGUACAGGUCCUGUAAGCGGACGCUCAAGUGUUCUCCUUUCCUUCUGUGAUCUACGGAAAAAAGAAAUUCAUACAGGUUUGGAACAAAAUGAUGGUGAGUAAAUUAUGACAAAAAAUGUUUGGGGGGGUGAGCUACCCCUUUAAGCAUUUUCAGCUAAAGGUAUUUAUUGCAUGAGAGUUUCAUUUACUUCACACUGAAAGUAUACAAUAUAUUCAUACUGACAUAUAUACAUACGCUAGUCAACAUACUCCGUCAGUGUCUGACUGCCAAACUCAUGCUCCUGCUACUGCUUUUUGUGUCGUUAUCUCUGUGGCCAAUUUUUAAGCCAGGUGUGCGUGCGUGUGUAUGUGGGGGAGGUGGUUUACGAGGACAUUUUUUUAGGUUACAGACUGGUAAUUACAAGGGUAUUAUGCUAUAAAUGUGGUUUAUGAGGAUAUUUCUAGUGUCCCCAUAAUUCAGAUUGCUUAAAAAACAUAUUAAACGAUGUUUUAUUAAAAAUGUAAAAAUGCAGAAAGUUUUUUGUGAGGGUUAGGUUUAGGUGUAGGGUUAAGGUUAGUGUUAGGGUAUAGAAUCUAUAGUUCGUACAGUAUAAAGAUCAUUAUGUCUAUGGAGAGUCCUCAUAAGGAUAGCCGCACCAACGUGUGUGUGUGUGUGUGUGUGUGUGUGUGUGUGUGUGUGUGUGUAUGAAACGGGAGAUAUCCUGGAGUCUUUACAAUUUUAUUGUAACCAGAGCAUUGGUGAAUGUCUUUGAGCCACUUUUUACCCUCACCUAUGUUUUAAAAGAUCAUCAUAAUGAAGUUCGCUAAAUAUACAAGUAGAUAGCUUACUAAAUAAUGUUAUUGUUGCAUUAUCGCAAUCGUUUCAAAAUAUAAGGAAAAACAUAUUCUUUGGUGCCUGAUUGUAGCUCCAUUUUACUUUUUGUUCUUAAUCUGUGGAUAAAUUCAUAUUUUAAUUAAAAAUUUUACUCUGCA